CAGCUCUGGUCUCUGCUCUCCCCACAGACCACGAAGGAAGACCAAGACCCUUAUGAAGAAGGACAAGUACCCGCUGACUUCCGGUCUCCUCCCGACAGACCCGACCCGGCCCCCGGUCCAGCAGGUGACCCGGGACAUGCGGGACAUGUACAACAUGACUAAUGGAUAUAUGCCUAAUGGAGACUAUGGGGACUACGGCUCGAAGAGAGAAGGUUACUUAUAUAGCUCCAUGACCAACUUAGCAGAGUACAAGAACUCAAGUUCUGGUCAAACUUGUUACUAUUACACUCCAAGAAAUAAUUUUCACUGUGAUUACUUUAAAGGAUACAGCUACGACAGCGCCGCCUAUGGGGGUCAGAGCUACCCAUAUAUGACUGGGCAGAUGUAUGGGGGGUAUGACAUGACUAGGGGGUACUCCCCCACCUCCAGCACCCCGUCAUAUAUGAAUGGAUCCUACAGCCCAGCUAUGUAUGCCUCAGCGCCCUCCCCAUACUCUAUGAGCCAGAUGGCGUCCAUGGCGUCCGUAGGCUCGGUAGGGUCAGUAGGCUCCUCAGCUUCACAUUCACCUACGCCUAUCAAAUCUGAGACACCUACCCUGCCGGUGUCGUCGCCAGGGGCCACCAUGCCGCCCUCUGCCACCCACACCUCUGCAGGGGAAUAUCAGAGUGUUAUGAAGCGGGAGUAUGGAUCAGCUGCUCCGGGUCAACAGGACCUGUCCCAGAUGAUCUCUAUGUACUUGCCGGGGUCCCAAGAGCGCCACGAACAGCAGAAGGCCGUGGCCGCAGCCGCCUACAUGUCCCACGCCCACUACCACGCCCACGGCGCCGCCUCCCCCGACCAGAUGCCGCCCGCGCCCAUGCCUCUCACCCACAUGUAAUUCCAAGUGGGCGUACGAGGUAUUCUCACCUGGCUAAGGGAUAUCUGCCUAAGGGAUAUCAAGGGGUGAGGCUACCAAACUUCCCCCUUUCCCCUUCCCUUUGACCCCUCAUCCGAGGGGUGUUCUUCAACAGGCCGCCCACGCCCUCAACCCUAAAACCACCCACUAAAACCCUUAAAACGAAAAGAUACAAUUCAGUCGAUAAAUUUAACGUUCAGAUGUAUAGGAAAAUCGACCCUAUCCACCUCAUGACCCUGAGGGGUUGGCCCAGGCGUGGUCCGGUGGUCCUCUAGCGGUCCAGAGAUGUAAUCCAGUAGGCCUGCAGUGGUCCAGGUGUGUUUUUUUUUACAAUAGGCCAAAGGCAAAUUCAGAAGGGGUCCAUACCGUGGUGGUGAACCGGAGGUCCAAGGCGUGGUCCAGUGGUCCCAUUCGAGCUUGGUUCGGCUGUUCGAAUGCACUCCAGAUGCAGUCCAAAGGUGUCUCUGCAUCGGUUCAAGCCUGGACCAGCAUUCCUCCAGUGGUCCGCUAUAGAUCUAAGAUUCCAGCCGUGGUCCAGCGGUCCGGAUAUGGUGGAACACCGGGUCCUACAACGGUCCAAGUGUGACGCAACAGCCUAGCUGUAAUCUGGUCCAACGGACCGGACGAAGUCCAGCGGUCUUAAAACUGGUCCAACACUACAGCAGCAGCAGCUGGGUCAAAGGCCCAAACAUUAGACCAACUGUCCCAGAAUCGGUCAAACAAUCCAUGUGUCAAUCUAGGAGUCCAGAGCUGGACCAGAAUUUCCAGUAGUUGGCCCAACUACCCAGGAACUGGUCCAGUGGUCUAGGAGAUUGGUCGGAUGGUCUUGGAGACGGACCAAGAGUGCAAAGGUUGGACCAGCAUUCCAAACGUUGGUCCACCGUUCUUCACGUUGGACUAUCAUUCCAAAGGUUGGCCCAGCAUCCCAAACGUCGGUCCAGCAUCCAAAACGUUGGCCCAGGGUCUCGAACGUCGGUCCAGCAUCUAAAACGUUGGCCCAGCGUCUCGAACGUUGGCCCAGCAUCCCAAACGUCGGUCCAGCAUCCCAAACGUCGGUCCAGCAUCCCAAACGUUGGCCCAGCGUCUUGAACGUUGGCCCAGCAUCCCAAACGUCGGUUCAGCAUCCCAAACGUUGGCCCAGCAUCCCAAACGUUGGCCCAGCAUCCCAAACGACGGUCCAGCACCCCAAACGUCGGUCCAGCAUCCCAAACGUUGGCCCAUCAUCCCAAACGUUGGUCCAGCGGUCCAGGCGUCGGUCCAAAACGUACCCAGUGAUAAUUUCGUCCUCUCGCAGGAACGAAAAACUCAAAAAUAAUAUAAAAAAAAGAGAAUCUUUAAAAAUGUGAUAAUCGCAUAAAUAUUACUACAAAACAUAAUGAGAAAAAUAUGUGAGAAAACAGUGAAAAAAAAAUUAAGAGAGUGAAUGUCUCCCCCAAAAAGUUUCUUAAAUGCCAUAAGCGAACGGAAGUUCGAACGGAAGUUCGGACAGAAGUUGGAACGGAAGUUCGGACGGAAGUUGGAACGGAAGUUCGGACAGAAGUUGGAACGGAAGUUCGGACAGAAGUUCGGACGGUGCGUUCGUACGGAUCAGGCCAAUGUGUUAGUUAGUGUCGGCCGGGGUGUGUACAUGGGCGUGUGUGCGUAUGCGUGUGUGCGUGUGUGUAUGUGUGUGUGUGUGUGUGUAUGUAUAUACCUGUGUGCACCUCACUUGUGCCGGCCAUCUCUGUACAUACAGAUUCUUCUUUUUGUUGCUCCUUGUAUAUAGGUCCCCACCUCCUCCUUCUCCUCCUCCUCCUCCGCCUCCUCCUCCUCCUCCUCCUCCUCCUCCUCCUCCUCCUCCUCCUCCUCCUCCUCCUCCUCCUCCUCCUCCUCCUCCUCCUCCUCCUCUUCCUCUUCCUCUUUCUUUUCUAUACCUUUUUCUCUCCCUUCAUAUCUCUUUCCUCUCCCUUGUGGCUCCCUUACUACAGUGCCCUGAUGCAUUACCCUAACAGGGCGGUGCCCAGGUAAAGGGCUCUCGAUUCAGGGAUUUAGAGCCAACCCUAACCUUGGAUCAAACCUGCUUACCUCCCAUUCUCCCCUAUGACCUCAUGAACAGUGACGUGGGGCAUCAGUGUUAGCUGUGAAGGAUCCCAGGGCUCCUUCAGGAGGCUCAAACUCAGCCUCCAGGAGGCUUACCACCGCCUCCUCCAGGAGGUUCAACCUCCACAUGCAGGAGACGCGCCGUAUUCCGCAUCGUUGUGGCUCCACGCUGAUUAAUAGGACUCGAGGAACGCGAAGAGGACCUCUUGUUCCUGUGAUAGGGAAAGGAUGGUACCCUAAGACCUCUCCUGACACGGUCUGUUGCAAUGCCACUGACAACAGCGACAGUCCUGUCGUAAUUUCAUUGUAGACGGGGCCCUUCCUAUCCCUUUCUGUUGCAGUGUUGGUCGUCGACAGCAGUCUCUCCUGUGCAUCUUCAGCGUAGACGGCCCUCUCUCCUGUCGCAUCUUCAGCGUAGAGGCCCUCUCUCCUGUCGCAUCUUCAUUAUAGACGGCCCUCUCUCCUGUCGCAUCUUCAGCGUAGACCACCCUCUCUCCUGUCACAUCUUCAGCGUAGACGGCCCUCUCUCCUGUCACAUCUUCAGCAUAGACGGCCCUCUUUACUGUCGCAUCAUCUUAGACGGACCUCUCUCCUGUCGCAUCUUCAGCGUAGACGGCCUUCUCUCCUGUCGCAUCUUCAGCGUAGACGGCCUUCUCUCCUGUCGCAUCUUCAGCGUAGACGGCCUUCUCUCCUGUCGCAUCUUCAGCGUAGACGGCCUUCUCUCCUGUCGCAUCUUCAGCGUAGACGGCCUUCUCUCCUGUCGCAUCUUCAGCGUAGACGGCCCUCUGUCAAGUCGCAGUCUGUCGCAACACCGUGGUUGCUAGACUUCCUCCCCUCCCUUCUCCCGACUCAGUUCCGGCAUCACCGAAGCCAUAACGAAGACGGAUUGCCACUGCACAUCCUUACCUACUAUCCCCCUAUCACCCAGCCUAUCCUCCUGCCAGGGUGUGAGGGUAGCAGUGGGCGAAACAGCGGGGUGAUAACCAAAGCAGGAAAACAUCCAAUGUACCCACACACACAGUCCCACUUCUCUCUCUCUCUCUCUCUCUCUCUCUCUCUCUCUCUCUCUCUCUCACUAUCCUUACUAGGGGUUUAAUUUUUAUUUGUCUACUUCUGUAUAUCAUCUGUACAUAACGCACCAUAAUUGUCUUGUUAUACAAUACAGUGAUUAACCCGACGUUUCUUUAUCGUUGGGCAGAAAAAAAUAAAAGAAAUA